GUAUCUAUUUGUCUAUUGUCUAUUCCCUUUACAUUGCAGAGACGAGUGAAAGGGGUGAAUCGAAUUGAAAUUGCAAAAGAGAGAAUCAAUGGCGACGGAAGAUCCAAUGGAUGUGGAUUCCUCAACCUACAAACCAUACACACUUUCACAAACCCUAACCGGUCACAAACGCGCCAUCUCCGCCGUUAAAUUCUCCUCCAACGGCCGUCUCCUCGCUUCCUCUUCCGCCGACAAAACUCUCCGCACUUACGGCUUCACUAACUCCGAUUCCGAUUCCAACAGCCUAACCCUAUCCCCAAUGCAACUAUACGAAGGCCACGAACAAGGUGUCUCCGAUCUCGCUUUCUCCUCCGAUUCACGUUACCUCGUUUCAGCCUCCGAUGACAAAACUCUCCGUCUCUGGGAUGUUCCGACGGGAUCAUUAGUGAAGACUCUUCACGGUCAUACUAAUUACGUUUUCUGUGUUAAUUUCAAUCCUCAGAGUAAUAUAAUUGUUUCUGGUUCUUUUGAUGAGACUGUUAGGGUUUGGGAUGUUAAGUCUGGGAAGUGUCUUAAGGUUCUUCCUGCUCAUUCUGAUCCGGUUACCGCGGUUGAUUUUAAUCGCGAUGGGACUCUCAUUGUUUCGAGUAGUUAUGAUGGUCUUUGUAGGAUUUGGGAUGCUUCUACUGGACAUUGUAUGAAGACUCUUAUUGAUGAUGAGAAUCCUCCUGUUUCUUAUGUCAAGUUUUCGCCCAAUGGAAAGUUUAUUCUUGUUGGCACAUUGGAUAACAAUCUGAGGCUUUGGAACUAUUCUACUGGGAAGUUUCUGAAGACUUAUGCCGGUCAUGUUAAUUCAAAAUACUGCAUUUCGUCCUCGUUUUCUAUAACAAAUGGGAAGUAUGUAGUUGGUGGUUCGGAAGAUAAAUGUAUAUACUUGUGGGGUCUGCAGUCAAAGCGAGUUGUACAGAAAUUGGAAGGUCAUACUGAUACUGUUGUGUCCGUCUCGUGUCACCCUACGGAGAACAUGAUUGCUUCAGGUGCUCUCGGCAAUGAUAUGACCGUCAAGAUAUGGACUCAACAGAAAGAUUGAUACAGUUUGGAGUCUGGGCUAAUGUUCCAAUGAAUUAAUAUUAGGUUAUAUAACAGUAACUCCCUUAUGAUGAUACUUUUAAGCUCAUUUUGCAGUUUAGGACUUUGGUUGGGAGAUUUACAACAUUUAUGGCUGAGAUCUAUUAAUAGCCUGCUUAGAAAAUCGUUUCAAGCCUUCAAAUAAAGUUGAUGGAUGAAAACGUAAACUUAUGAAAAGCAUGAUGUUUUGAUUUUUUAACCGUAAAAAUUGAUUGUUUCCUGAAAA